AUGCCACUCUCCUUCUCCGUAAACUGCAUCGUAUGCUCCUUGUUCCUAUUCAGCCUGUUAAACAGGUCACAGUCGACCUUGUCGAGUACACAGCCUAUGUUCGUCUUGAUAAAUAUUUUCAUGGCCCCUUUAAUGACACCUUUAGAAAGCACCUCUCUUCUUCCCCAGUCUAAAACAGACCAAAAUAUUUACACUCCAAUUGCAAAUCAGCAAAAUAUACUGAAACCAGACAAUAAAAACGACAGUCUGUUUACCAAAAUGAAGUCCAAUAAAGAUAAAACAGACUUUCAAAUUCUAGUGAGCAUAUUGAGGGAAUACGUGAUAGGCGAAUCUGAAAUAAGGAGACUCGUCUUCCCAUCACUGACUGCAUUCAUUCUGUCCAAAAUGUUCUACGUGAAGGCAUCUGCCUACCUGAUGGACAUCACGAAGUCCCUGAUUUCGUCGACCUUCAGGUACAAAAUGGUCUUCUACUACGGAAUGUGCCUCUUUGCCAACGUGGUCAUCUCAAACCUGGGCUACUUCUACAUCUCCAAGGCCAGACACGUUGGCUACCAAAUUGCUAACAAAAAGGCCUACGAAUACUUCCUGUGUCUUCAGCCUGAGGACUUCAAGGCCAUUCCAAAGGGCGAAAUGCAGAACAUCAUCCAGCGCAAGGCCGAGGCAGUGAAGGACAUCCUGGACGUGCUCACGAUGCACUUCCUGCCGUUUCUGAUCACGAUGACCGUCGCAUGCUCGAACAUCAUCCUCACGCUGGGCGUGGUUGCCACGUUCAUCGUUGUCUUCGCUGUCUGCGUCUACAUCGUCGCCACGAUUCAAAUCACCAUCUGGCGCAACAACAUUCGCAUCCAGCUGAAUGAGACGCAGGACAACAGCCAGAACGUGCUGAAUGAUGGCCUCAGCAACUACGAGACGAUAUUCGCCUAUGGAACUGAGGAGUACGAAACAAGGCGGUACGAUGGGUAUCUGACACCUGCGACCAAAAAGGAGUCUCUUUUGAGUCGGACGCUCUACCUUUUGAACCUGGUUCAGGGGUGCGUCUGGGCUGGGCAAAUCUUCUUCACAAUUCUGUUUCUGUGCAUAUUCAAACGAGGGAUGCUGGCAGAGGAGCUCUCGUACACGGUCUCGAUUCUCGGGAUCUUCCAUUCCUCCCUCGACAACCUGGGAUUCAUGUACGGGAAGUACAAGACGGGAAUGAUCAACAUCAGGCGCACGAAUCUGAAGACGAGGACGAAGAAGCAGACGGCCAAGAAGCUGUUUCGCAUCAAGGAGCGUGUUGGAGUCUACGACAUGUCGUACGGCUACGAUACGCGACUGAUUCUGGAUCGAGUCAAUUUCAGCCUGAACAAGGGCGAUAAAAUAGCAGUGGUAGGGGAGAAUGGGACUGGGAAGUCGACGCUGCUGAAGAGUCUGAUGCGAUUCAACACGUCCGAUGCACAGAUAUUCUGCGACCAAUUCAAGCGAGAGGACCUCUCUGAGCAGAACUACAAGGAGCUAUUUGCCUAUGUUCCCCAGUCAGCGAGUCUCUUUAAUGAGACAGUUCUCUAUAACAUAAAAUAUGGAACAAAUGUGUACGAUGAGCAGGUGUACAAGGCAGCAAUUCAGCUUGGACUCCACGAGUCGAUUGAGAGACUCGGAAACAAGUAUCAGACGGUCUGUGGGGAGAAUGGUGGAGCCAUCAGUGGCGGAGAGAGGCAGAAGAUUGCGGUGAUUCGGGCGUACCUGAAGAAUGCGUCAGUCUGGCUACUGGACGAGCCAACAGCAAGCAUGGACAGGGUGUCGGAAAGGGCGAUUCUGGAGAAGCUGCUUCAGCCAAGUGAUCGAAUUGUGGUCGCAAUAGUCCACAACCACGAUCUGCUGCGACUGUUUGACAAAAUACUCCUGGUUGAGAAUAAGCAGGUCUACGAAAUGACGUACGAUGAGUUUAUAAGGCGGAAAUGA